GUGCAGCAACAUAUGUGGCCUAUAUCAUUGCCCUAAUCCUUCCCUUCAUAUAUCCCUACUGUCUAUAUAAGGUCCCGUUAACGCUUUACGCCCACCGUCUAUAUCAACUCGUUAGCAACUGUUUCCUUCCACAUAUCAUUUUCGCGCCACACUACCCCUUUCCCCACAUGUUCCACCACGACAGCUGUUUUCACCUAUCCAGGUACCACAAAUGGCACCAGGAUUUCAUCCAUUCCCGUCAAAAAUGCCGCACUCUGAAGGACAUCGAACACAAUUAUGUUCAGGAAUGUGCCCCAAAAGUCGAUGCGCAAUCGCUGCAUUGGCUACACUCCUCCACGUCUAACGCAUCGGUGCACCAAAGUGUGCUGCAAGCCAUUUCCGGGAUGUCGUCUGACGCUACAAGGUAUCUCCCAGAAAAAUACAGAUCCCCAUUAGUGGUAUCUCUGCACCAGCAGAUAGAACGCAUGAAACCACUCGUGCCAUCUCCUGGUGCCAGAAGCGAAGUGGUUGAACUAGAGCUCUACUGCCGAGCAUUAUCGCUUCUCUGCGGUCAUCUCACAGUCAAAUGUUCCAACGGGCAGCUGAAAAUGGCUUUGUACUCUAUGACAAGCCCCGAGAAGGCGUCGUCUGUUUUUCUUGGAAUUCUUCAAGGCCCGCUGCACCAUUUCCUCACCUUGCCUUCAUUAGUGUGGAAGAUACUAGUCGACGUGGCUUUCUCCUCCCCGACCCUCCGCAGUGGUGUUCUGGAAUCAGAGCUCGAGCUCAUGAAAAUCCUUGCAGGGUCUGACUACUACAGGCGAGAAUGAGGAUGUCACCACUAUCGACAGGCCUACAGAAGAGGUGAAGGAGCACAUUCUUGACAAAUUAUCCGUUUUCUGGAAGUAUGAUCCCACUCAAACGCCAGUAGCUACAGACACUUCUCUCCACUUUCGUGCUAUGGCUGUAUUUAUCCCUCAGAUACAUCAGAGACUGUGCGAUUCAGUGUUUGCCUUAGAGCGAAAGCAGAUAAUCGACACCUUCCAGCCUUUCCUCGACAUCAUUGAACACACCCAGUACCAGGCCGAAGAAUUUAA